AUGGCUGAGAAAGAUGCUACUGCGCGGCUCCGCAGGGCAGUCAAAGGUCCGUCUUUUGCUCAUCGUAUUCCUUCCCGGCGCGCUCACCGACCCAUCGCUGCUCCACCAGAGAAUAACCUGUUCCUCGUGAAACGUCUCGUUCAGAGAACCGACAUGCGCAAUCCAGACACCGCUCCGAAGCGUUAUACUUCUCUCGCAUGGGCGGCGGUCCUGGGACAUGAAGAGACCUUUGAAUUUUUACUCAGCGCUGGCCAUGAUGACGAUGAACUGAGCAGGGACUCAGAAAAUAACACUAUUUUGAUGCUGUUAGCAGACCAGAAACCUGCAUCAUCUGCGACAUACGUGUCGGCGGAUUCUGAAGACAAAACUGGCGCCUACUUGCGAAUGGCUCGGCUGUAUUUCGAUCGCUAUUCUUGGGUUCUCGACUGGUCAAAUGUGCAGGGCAAGACUGCCCUACACAUUGCGGCGCUCAAGGGUAAUGAAGAACUUGUUAGGAUGCUUUGUGACCUUGGCGCAGACUUUGAUUUGGCGGACAAUAAAGGGAACACGGCCUUACACUAUGCAAGCUCGUGGGGUCAUAUUGCUAUCGUACAACUUCUCAUAGAGCGGGGUUGUCAAUUUAAUGCCAGGAAUAAUCAAGGCUUCACUGCAUCGGAUUAUGCCUAUUCUUACAGCACGAGGGACACCCUUCAAGACACCGCGAGGAUACAGUUUGAGAACAAAAAGAAGGAGAGGAGAAAUAUAUUUGCACAAGCGGCGCAAGCAGCAGCAAGAGGGGGAGAUUGGGGAAAUAAUGCACACAAUUCGAUCCCUCCACCGGUCCCUGCCAAAGAUUCUUCGCUGGCGUCUAGAAUGAGAAGCGGGUCGGGAACAAGUCGCACCACCGCCACUUCAGACAGUGGUGAUCCAGAACCUAUAAUUGCGGGCCAACUAUCGUCAUCUCCCUCUCAACCUUCGACUGGAUCAAGCUCCGGUUUCUUUGCUCAAUCUAACUUAUCGCACCACACUCCACAUGUCCCGUCUAUGAGCAGUACGGCGUCAGGUUACCUAGGACCCGUUCAACCAAAAGGUACCACAUUAGGCCCUCCAGCCAAUCCUGCUUCAGCCUUGUCACCGAUUGCUAACCGCGUACGGGAACGAGACGCUGACGCCAUGGAGAAAUAUCUCAAUCGCAAUCGAAGUGGCAGCCAAGGAACUGCUUCCACGGACAAUAAAUCCCAGAACGGAUCACACUUUGCGUCAGCUGGGCCCUCAGCCAACGGCGAUGAUAUCACGGCUCUGAUGAGUGGAUCAAUAACACCAAGAAAGUUGCGCCCCUCUGCAUCAGCUGCGCAGCUAAGGACGACUCAAGUUUCCAGUUCUUCUAGUUCGGGAACGACCAUUCCUCAACAUGAUAGUCGGAAUCGUUCCGGCACUGGACCUAGUAAUAAUCGAGCAGGAUCAUCGCCAUUUCCGCCCUUAGCUCGAUCCUCCUCUAUGUCCAAAUCCCUCCGUCCCAUGGCUAGCGCCGACAGAAUACCCUUUGACACCCGAGACUCGGAAUCGUAUGCUGGACCAUCGAGCCAGUACGCCUCGUUUCCCGAGCCACCUGCCGUAACAGAAGAUCAGAGCACGCCGACGAAUGGGCGUCGUAAAGCCUUUCAUAUCCUUGGCAAGCCAUUGCAAUCAUUCGACACUUCGACGAACUCCAAUGGACAUCGGCGAGGGAUGUCAUCGACCUCCGUUCGAGGAUCGUGA